UCGGACGCCGGUAGCCCACGUGAUCAAUUUUGCCAUCUGAAAAACAUGGCUUCUGGAGAUUCUGAGGAAAAUGCUUUGGAGGAGGAGCAGCAGAUUUUAUCGCCAGACCAGUUAAUAAAGCAUCCACUACAAAACAAAUGGGCCAUGUGGUUCUUUAAAAACGAUAAGACGAAAGAAUGGACAGCUAACCUUAAACUCAUCACAGCAUUUGACACAGUCGAGGACUUUUGGGGAUUAUAUAACCACAUUCAGAAAGCAAGCAGAUUACCAUCAGGCUGUGAUUACUCGUUAUUUAAGGAUGGUAUACAGCCCAUGUGGGAAGAUGCUAACAACAAGAAUGGUGGUAGAUGGCUCGUAAAUCUCAACAAAAAUCAAAGACAGACGGAGCUAGAUAAUUUCUGGUUAGAAACUCUUUUGUGUUUAAUAGGAGAAGCUUUUGAGGAUUUGUCAGAUGACAUUUGUGGUGCCACCAUAAACAUUCGAGGAAAGGGCGAUAAACUAGGGCUCUGGACUCACGACGCCCGAAGAGGUGACGCAACUGUAAAAAUAGGACAAAAAUUAAAAGAUCGACUUAAAAUACCACAAAAGAUUGCAAUAGGAUUUCAGGCACAUUCAGACACAGCGACAAAAGCAGGUUCAACAGCCCGUGACCGAUACAAAGUAUGACGGCAGUCAACACUUUCUCAACCUGACUGCUUGUUUUUGUUGAGUGCUGCAUUUUACCAUUAUUUUGGUAACCCCAUUUUCCUGAAGAGUGUGUUGUAAAUAAGAAAUAUUAAGGACGUUUGUUUCCUACCACAAACUGAGAGAUGUGUAGAUACUUUUGUUAUGGCUUAUAUAGACUUCAAGAUAAAUGGUGUAUACAGAAAUGAAGUUUUUUCAAAAAAUAUAUUUUUCAAUUUAGUUGCUUAUCACUCAAAUUACCCCAAAUCCCCCCCAAAAAAUGGUGAAAAGAAACCUUUUGCAUAAGUGGAUGGACAAAGCGCAAAGGUUCUCAGUUAUGCCGUACCAAAUUGAUUCUACAGUUAGCGUUGGCUUCCAAUUUCAAAUCCAUCCUACCUUAUGGGAAAGAUAAAAAGUGCCAUAGUAAAAAAAAUGUAUUCUCUUUACAACAUAUGCCAUCCAAAGCAGAUUCACCAAUUUAAAGCAUAAAGAAAGCAUCGUAUAUACCUAGCAGCUAGAAAAUUGAAAAUGUUAUACCGUAUAUGAUAUUUUUGUUCAAAUCAUUGCAUUGUAUUUGGUAAUUUAUUUAUUUAACCUUCAUAAAUAAUAUUUCUCUGUGUAAUAAAGAAUUUGGUAAUUUUCAUAAUGAAAGAUGAAAACUUUUUCAUUCAUUAGACUGAACCCCAUCUUGCCUGAUUAUGAUAAAUAUAGAAUCAGUUUGGUAUGGCCUCUAUUGGAAUCAAGAGGCACUUAUAUUCUUUUUAGAUUAACUUUCAAAAAAAAUGAGCAUCAUCCAUUGAUCAUCUGUUCAAAAACUGGUGUUUGUUGUCAACACUGCAACCUGUUACAUGCUAGCUUGUGAAUGUAGAAAUUAGAAGACUUGUCAUUGACAUAUUGUUUACCUUGUAACCAGUUGUGGCUGUUCAGUUGUGUGAAAAUGUACUACAGUUCUAAGUAGGUUAGAAAUCGUCAUGGAACCCUGUUGAGUGCCUUGUAGAUUGGUGUUUCGAUGUCAUGCAUGAUAUGUGAUGAUGAAAGGGAAAAAUGAAUCAAUAUUUGAUAAAAGUAUAUUAUUAGCACAUCAGAAAAUAAAAAGGAACAGGUAUAUAUGUAGAAAAUUGAAUAUAGCUAUCUUUUUCCAGGCAUAUUUGAAAUAAAAUUUACCUUUUAAAAAGGGGGGAAAAUUGUUGGUAAAAUUAAAAUAAGAUAUUGAUUUGAAUCCUAUGUAUUUAUCAGAGGAAUAUAAAUGUGUUAGUUGUGAUUCAGAAUAAAUUUGAAUUUUGGUGCAUGCUGAAUUCUUGUGGGAAUUCCCACAGAUUUUCACAAUACAUGUUUAUAAGGGGCUGUUUGACAGACACUUUCUUAGUGCGAAUGUGCAUCACAUGAACAAUGUUUGUAUUAAAGAAAAAAUUGAAGAUACGUAAAGAAUGUUUUGCUUUUGAAUUUGAUUUUCCUAAAAUAUGAAACAACUAUGUUACAAGUGAAUGUUUUCUUUUUGUUAGUUUAUAUAUCAAGUGCUUGAUUAUCAUUUAUGUUGUUUUCAUUCUGUUUAUUUCUGUAUUUAUUGUAUUUGUUAAGACAUCAAAUGAUUGGAUAUCACAUUUUCUGACACGCAUGUAAUUGGCUACAAUAUAUGGGGUCAUUUAGUCAAUGCACCAAUGGUGUGUUCCAAAUUUUUGUCAAUUAUGGAAUAUAUUUUUAAACAAAUACAUUAGACACUGUUGAGACUAGGAGCUGUAUUUAAAAACAACCCCCUUGGUCAUUGGACUGGGUGAAAGCACUGAGGCAUGUCAGAGGAUAAAAAUAAGAGUUAUAUAGAAUACAGCCCUAGGUUUAUUUGAAAUUACAAGUUGACACCUUUAAUUGAAAUCUGACACAUGAUAAAUUAUUCAACUUCCUGGUCUUAUUAGGAUAUUUUGUUGAACACCCAUUGAUUAGAUGACUCCAAUAUGUGUAUAUAUUAUUAAUAAACAUGAUCAAUUUUUGUUUUGGUUAAGGUUUAUUAUCAACUUCAGGGCAACUGUAACUAGUUCGGAAUUAAAAUCAAUUAUUUUUUAAAUGUUUUAUAUUUCUUAUUUAACGUAGGUAUAACAAUUUUUAAUUUCUGCUUAUAUUUUUCCAUUGUCGUUUUUUUCUAAGCUUUCUUUUGUUCAUCGUUAAAGAUUGCAAGCUGUUUCAGACACUUGAAUGAAAAUAUAUUUUUUUAUUAUUCAAGAAACGAUUUUUCUUAAUACAAAUUAAUAGAAUUUAGCAAAAAAAAAAAUUUUUUUUUCUUAAGUCAAGGAUGACAGUUUCCAAAUGAUUAUAUAUGCUUUUUUAGAUUGAUGACUGAUUUAAAACAUUGUAUGUUCUUGUAUAUUUAUGAUAUGAGGCAUCGAUUUAUAUGACUAUAAUAAUGAGAUAUGUUUCCGUACUGUACUGUUAGGAUUGCAGAAUUAAUGUAAAAGGCUUGGUUUAAAACAUUUGCCAUGUGUUAAUGCAAUAUAAAUAAACUAUGUAAAGUUGGA